UAACUUUUUUUUCCAACUCCCUCUUUUUCUAAUUGGUCUCUUUCCAGAUCCUUAGAUCACAUGACAACAUCCUCAAUUUCCCGUGGGACCCACGCUCAAGCUCCCAUUAGAAGGAGAAAACCUUGUAAGCUCCAAUCCAAAAGUCUAUCUUCUCCACCAAUUUGUUGUAUUCAAACUCCAAUCAGGUAGUAGUCCUCAAAUACCGACCAAGAAAAGAAACAUUUAUGAAUUUCGUAUGUGUAAAUUACUAUGCUCAUGAAUGCUUUGAGUGCUACUGAUUCCUUUCCUUUAUAACCCCACAAAAUCUUCAUUCUUAAACCAGACAUGAAUGCUUUGAGUUCCAUAUAAAAUUCCUUAUUCUUGCAGUACUUCUAUUCUUAAAGCUUCACUCUAGAUUCCCAACAUAGAGAGAAGACAUGGGUUCUGCAGCAACAAUGCAUCUGGGUUCAUGGGUACAAACCUAUUCAGUGCUUAAUUAUGCAGGUAGAUCUAUAACCCCAUCUUGUUUAAUAUUAAACCCUUUUAGAAAAACUCUUCAAUUUCAUAAGCAUAAUCCUGUGUUUUCUCUUACAAAAGCAAAGAGAUUAGACAUUUCUUCUUAUCCAUAUACUUCUACUGCAAUUUCCGCUGUACAUCUAUCUAAAGAAGAUAGACUCAAGGAAGAGGUAGAAAAUGAAGAUAACCCAAUUGAUGAAACGACAAUACCCUUUAAUUUUAAAACAUAUAUGUAUCAGAAAGGUAAUUCUGUUAAUGAAGCCCUAGAAAAGUCAAUUACUGUUAAAGAACCAAUUAAGAUUCAUGAAGCUAUGAGAUACUCUCUUCUUGCUGGCGGCAAACGGGUUCGUCCUGUUCUUUGUAUUGCUGCAUGUGAAUUAGUUGGAGGGGAUGAAUUGACUGCGAUGCCAUCUGCUUGUGCUGUUGAAAUGAUUCAUACUAUGUCGUUGAUUCAUGAUGAUCUUCCAUGUAUGGACAAUGAUGAUUUAAGACGAGGAAAACCCACGAAUCAUAAGGUUUUUGGCGAAGACGUUGCUGUAUUGGCAGGUGAUGCACUUUUGGCUUAUGCAUUUGAGCAUAUUGUUAAUGAAACUAUGGGGGUGUCACCUACGAGAGUUGUUAGAGUGGUUGGAGAAUUGGCGAAGGUUAUUGGAACUGAAGGGCUUGUUGCAGGACAAGUUGUUGAUAUGGAAUCAGGUGGAUUGACAGAAAUUGGAUUAGACAAACUCGAAUUCAUUCACAUUCAUAAGACUGCAGCUUUACUUGAAGGAUCAGUAGUGAUUGGGGCAAUUCUGGGAGGUGCUUCUGAUGAAGAAAUUGGGAAGCUUAGGAAAUUUGCAAGGUGUAUCGGAUUGCUGUUUCAGGUUGUGGAUGAUAUUCUUGAUGUUACAAAGUCAUCUCAAGAAUUGGGUAAAACUGCAGGGAAGGAUUUAGUGACAGAUAAGGCUACAUAUCCGAAAUUGAUUGGGAUUGAGAAAUCAAGAGAAUUUGCUGAGAAGUUGAAUAAGGAUGCAAGGGAUCAGCUUUCCGAGUUUGAUUCUGCAAAGGCAGCUCCCUUAAUAUGUCUAGCUGAUUAUAUUGCUAAUAGGCAGAACUGAAUUGUUGUAAACAGUGAUUCAUAGAACAGAGAAAGGAUUAACGAGGUGGUAUGAAUUUUGUUUCACUUUUCUUUUCGAGGUAGAAUUUUACCCUUUCAGUUAAGAGUGAAUUGUUGUUUAGUCUCUGAAGAUUUGCAGUUAGUUCAAACUAUAUUCUCAGAAUGAUAUUUGUAUUCAAAUCCAAAGUAAAUGAAGUUAUAAUUGGAAGUUCAAGCUCU